GUAUUAAGAGCGUAAAUCUAUUAACUGCAAUUUUUUUAGCUUAAUAUUUAUAAUGAUUUAUGUUUAAUAGUAAUAGUUGAAUUUGCCACUCAGCAAUUAUCAUAAAAAUUCUUGUUAAUUAUUAAAUUUCAAAUACAAUCAGACAUUAUAAUCACUAAAGAUUGCAUUCUGGUUAGUUAUAUGAUAUUUAAUAGGCUUCAAACACUAUUAAAUUGGUCAGAAAUGGCCAAAAACUCUUUAUUUAUCUUAAGUAACAAAAAUCAUAGGCAUAGAAAUACAUACCAGACUAUUUUACUAUAUUAUUUUUGUAGUAGGAUAUCGUGUAACGUGGCUAUCAAUAAAUUUAUUUGCCAGAUUCAAACUUUGAUUAUUUUGGGUUAUAUACAGAAAAACGCAGGAAACAAAUUGAACAACACUAAUCGUUCUAAUGGCCAGAAAAUUUAA